GGGUCGAGAAACGUUAAGCUCGACGACGCAAAGGACGCGAGAAGGAGCAAUUAUGCCGAUAAGAGCUUAUUCCGAAGAUUCGUCGAGAAAAUAACCAUGGUAAUAGGCGAGUCUGCUUAUGACGAAUCACGAAUAAGAACGCAUGAAGCGGCGCUAUUCUGGCAUAUCCCUCUGGCGUCGGUUCGUAGUACUUCCAACGGAACUGCUAAAUGUCAUUAAAAUAAUACAUAUGUUUUUAACUUGGACGCAAUUAUGAAGCGACGCGAGAACCAAAUUGAAAAUAAGAUUGCGUUCAAUAAUGAUUCAAAAACGUUGAAAAAUGUUGAGAAGAAGGUAUUUGACAAGAAGAAGCAUAGAUUAAAGAAGUAUAGCAAUAAAUAUAAGGUCGAACAACGGCAAGAGCGAAUGAAACUAGCGGUUUUGCGUGAUUAUUAUGAAGAAUUUCUCAAGGAUCAACAUGGCCGACGAAAGGGAACCGAAACGAAAGUCGAAACAUUGUCGGGACACGAUGCGAGCAAGCCAAAGAAAAGUCCGAAUUACUUCGACGUAAUAAGAAAGGAGUACGAGCGCAAGAAGGAAGAUAAGAAAAGGAAGAAGGAAGAAAGGCUUAGGAUAAUAGCGGAAAGGGAGGAAGCUUUACGAAAGUACAAAGAGAAAAAAAUGCAGGCUUAUAAAAAACUCUCGAAGAAGACUAAAAAGGGUCAGCCCGUUAUUAAGGAGAGAAUAGAACUUUUGUUGCAAAAGAUACAACAGGAUAAAGGCAAUUGAAAGGGGAUAUCUUUGGAAUUAAACGUAAACGAGUCUUAUGUACGAGUUUAUCUCCUAGUUUGAAUCGACUCGUUCAUAGAAAAUUUAAUUUCAUCGUUACUUUUUAAAAUCUGUACAAAAUAAAUAAAUAAAUAAAUAAAUAAAACGAUUCUAUAGAUAA